AUGUGCACAAAUGUCACUUACAUGAAAGCUUUGUAUUGUAAAUACCAAAUUAGAAGCAGGCAAAUUGUUUUGCACUCCUUCAGAACCAAGAGACCUUCAGUUGAACAGCAGAAGCAAUUACAAGUAACAAACACAUCAGUGACCAAACAAGUCAACCGCUACUCAAUGCCCAGCUUGAUGACGUUGGUCGGCAUCAUCAUCUACAUUGGAGCCAUCACGGAAGAAGCCAGUAGCAAGGCGCAAUCGAAAGAUGACAACCCAGCUUUCAUAUACGAGUAUGGACCCUCUCUCCUGCUUGCCAUGAUCUCCUUCGUCGGCUGCCAAAUGACCGGGGUCGUCUCCAUCAACCAUUUCAUAUCGGUCAGGAAGGGGUUGGGGAGAUUGAAAGUGAAAAAAAAAAUUUCUGAUAGGGUAAGCGCAAGUGUUGUUGUUGGAGAAAACGUUGAAAAAAAUAAACUGUGCUUCAAAACAAUAUAUAGCAACAAAAAUUAUAGUGGCAACAUUGGUGAUCCAGAUAAUUACGACACUAAAAAAAAUUUUACAAAGUCUUCAAAUCUGUUGCCCUUUCAAGUCAACCUUAUGUUAAAUGCAGCAAACAAGUUAGUUUCUAUUGUCGGCGUGAAUAGCUCCAAACUGAAACAACAGGACAGCGCUGAGUCAACUAACAACACAAUAAUAUCCACAGAAUCUAUAAUGUCACCUGCGUCAGAACGUACAACAUCAUCCCUCGGCAGGUUCAAACAGAAUUUAGGUCACAGAUCUGAAACUCUCUACACGAUGAACGGAGAAGCAAGCUGUAUUUUUAGAUGUCCAGACACAAUUGCUGCCAGUUCUAGUCCAGAAUUGAGUCCAGGAGUUGGUGAGAUAGCAGCAGAAGAAGGAGCAAUUAGAGGCUUGUGUCUCUUGAAAGGCAACCAUUCUUCUGAACUAAUCCUUUCGUGUUCGUCGCUGGCUGCACUAUCACCGGGCAUGCAUACAGAGAAAGAAAACAAGUUCGUCAACCGACAUCGAACAUUGCAGCAAAAAAUUAUGAAACAGAUGACGUUGAGACAACAACAAUUUUUAUAUCGACAGCAUCAACUUAAGCAGCAGCAACAUUUCAUGCAGAAAGAACAGACACAACUUAAAAUAGAGCCAUCUGAAUUAUUAACCAAACAAGUUCAAAACAAAUCUUUUCAUCAUCCGAAGCUUAACAUAAUCCAUUCAGAUUUGUUAUCUUUUUCACAAAAACAACAUCAGCCAAAACAUUCCAACUUUCAUGAUAACCAAUCGCAAAUUCCACACCACUACUAUCAGCAAGAAAAGUUACAGCAGCAACAACAACAACAACAACACCAGCAGCAACAACAUCAGCAACUGCAACAGCACCAGCAACAUCAUCGUCAACAACAACAAAACAUAAAUCAAAUAAAACAUACAAAACAAAUUGAAGUUGGAAACGAAAAACAAGCUGCAAAUAGUAGACAAACAGUUGAAGUUGACUCAUACAACAACUUCACAAACAUUAAAAUGGACAACUUUAGCAAUAACUUAGUUUUUGCAUACAAUGAAACCAUUUGUCAUAACGAAGAUGAUGUUUGUGAAACCUUAAGUACGAACAUAGAAAACAAUGAUAACAUUAACAAAAUUGAAAGCAAUAAUGUUGGCGAAAACAUUAUAAACAACGACUACUUCAACGACAACCAUCCAACCAGUUAUUCCACAUUCCACAAAACCACCGACCAUUUAACUUCGAAGGCCUUCAACAAAUAUCACUUUGAAGAGUUUCUACUAACACAAUCAGCCAACCGCCAACGUAACGAUUAUGACGAUGAUUUCAUCAUUUCAAACGAGGAGGAAAGUUACGUCGAUAACGAUUAUGAUAAUGACGGUGAGGAUAAACAAGAACGCACCACAUCCGUUUGA